AGUCGCGCGCCUCGGUUUCAUCCCCAGUCGGGCUCAGUGUAGCUGCGCACUUUGCUCGUUACGCACGCUUCCACUUCCACUUGCGCUCCUUUGGAUAUUCGCACCAACGGGUUUCGUGGCUUUUUUUCCCUCCACACACCAUUUGCCAAAACUUGGUACACUAACCACACCGGAUAGCCGAGCGCGGGCCAUCCAAGGCGAUGCUGUGCGUGCUGCUGUUACCUAUCGCCGCUUUCCUGCUGCGCGCGGAGGCGGCGGUCGGCAUCAACAACAACCAUCACCACAACAACAAUAACAACAACAACGGGAACACGGCGGACACGGACAAGUGGAUCAGCGACAAGGACAAGUACUGGAGCAAAUUCCGUGAUGAUGAUUACUUCAGGACCUGGAGCCCAAGCAAAGCACAAGAGAAAGAGCCAGAGAACAGGCCCAGGAGACAUGGGGAACCAGGAUCCAAAACACACCCAGUGCAGGCUAAAUGGAGGACUGAGGAUGGUUUGGACAUUACUAAAGAUCCGUGUAUGAAGGUGCGCUGUCCUCCUCACAAAGUGUGUGUGAGUCAUGACCUCCAAACAGCCAUCUGCACCAAUCACAAACCUCCACAGCACAGCAUUAAGCCAAGGAAAGGCAGCCAUCUCCAUAAGCACUGGAUGGAAGCAAUGAAUCAUGGGAAAUGUAGACCUUGUCCUGGUGUCCAUCCUAGUCCAGUGUGUGGCUCGGAUGGUCAUACCUACACCUCAAAGUGUAAGCUGGAGUUCCAGGCAUGUGUCUCGGGAAAGAACAUCUUAGCAAAGUGUGAAGGACCGUGUCCCUGUCUGCCUGGACAGGAAGUCUUCAAGCCACACACUGAAAAGAAUGCUUGCAGUGACGCUGAUCUGAAGAGUUUGGCCUCUAGACUGAAGGACUGGUUCGGGGUCCUGCACAUGGAUGCCAACCGAGAUCUGAAGAUUUCUGCCAAUGACAACAGUCAAGGACGUUUUGACACCAGCAUCCUCCCCAUCUGUAAGGACUCUCUUGGUUGGAUGUUCAACAAGUUGGAUAUGAACUACGAUCUCCUGCUCGACCAGUCAGAGCUCAGCGCCAUCUAUCUGGACAAGUACGAGCUGUGUAUGCGCCCACUCUUCAACUCCUGUGACUCCUUUAAAGACGGGAAGCUUUCCAACAAUGAGUGGUGCUAUUGCUUCCAGAAACCAGAUGGUCUGCCCUGUCAGAAUGAAAUAAAUAGGAUUCACACUCAAAGCCGACGGAAGUCUCUCAUAGGAGCAUAUGUCCCUCGCUGCACAGAGGAUGGCUACUUUAAGACCACACAGUGUCAUGGCAGCACAGGCCAGUGUUGGUGUGUUGAUAAAUAUGGCAAUGAGAUUGCCGGUUCCAGGAAACAAGGCAACCCCAUCUGUGAGGAGGAUCAGGAGACCUCAGGGGAUUUUGGCAGCGGAGGAGCCGUCAUUCUUCUUGAUGACCAGGAGGAGGAGGAGGAGCCUCCACAGAACAGGCGGCGCAGACAGAAGGAGAAGCGCGGCAGGCUCCGCCCCCGCGGGGCCAUUGAAGAUGAUGAAGACGAAGAAGACGACAAAGAAGACGAGAUUGGCUACAUCUGGUAGCUCCACCCCCAUCUCCCGCUGGCCAACCAGGGACCCCGGUUGUAAUGCACAGUUCUGAAGCCAUUCCAACCCCAUGCUCUGGAUCUGAAUCUCAAAAAGAAAAAAAACAUCAAUAACUAUAACCUGCAUCACCUGUAUUUUUGUUUAUUAUUAUUAUUAUUAUUAUUAUUAUUAUUAUUAUUAUUAUUAUUUUCUUUUCUUAAUUGUGUGUUUCCUCUUUUCUGGCUGUUCUAAACAAUAUCAAUCAGUAAAAACUCUCAUAAUUACAUAAACACAUUCUGUAUCUGGAAAUGGCAACCAUUUGCUCCCACUCUUGUUUUUCAUUACAGGAAUCCAUACCACCUUUUCUUUCUAUUUUUUUUUCUUUUCUCUCUCUCUUUUUAUCCAUCCACAGAGCUCCUGAAGCCAUUUGAGAGCUGCGGCUGUAAAUAUUUCUUUUUCUCUUCAGACAGAUGAGGCGUUACAUCUCCCUCCAUCCCAGAGUCUCUCACCUGAGCCUUCUAGAAGACUCCUGGAAGUACUAGAAGGUUCUUCCUGUGGCUUAGAAGGUCAUUAAAUAAGUAAAAAAAAAAUAUGAUUAUAAUAAGCGUGCGAGAUGUAGGAAAGGUUCUGGUGUGUUUUAGGAGGCUCUAGUGAGAUUCUUGAAGGGCCUAUGCAUGCUCCCCACUGUGGAGGCGAGAAGAAGGUGAUGUUUUUUUUUUUUUUUCAGCUGGUGGCUAAUAGAAAGCCAAUGAGCAUUUUAUUUUGUGAUACUGCUGUUGUUUGCUGAUGCUCUGCUUCAUUCUGUUGCUGGAUGGUCGCCACAGUGCUACCACAAAUCUCUAUUAACAAAAGUUUCCAUUCCACUGGACAGUGUGGUACAGUGAUCUUAUGGUACUGUAACUAAUCUGCUAAUCCUUUGGGUUUCCCUUCUUGCCAAGGCAGAAGGAACACCAAACUGGGAGCUAGAAAUGGUGUAAAGCUUUGACUGUUGAAAUAUAAUUGUCAUUGUAUCGUUCCAUGAGUCACCCAUAAUUAAAAUAAGGAGCUACAGGACUGUUUUUUGAUUCCACAUAAUUCCAAAUGGAAAAGCAGACCAUGAAGCUCCCCCAUUGUUGCAAUUAUCAUUAGUCUUGGAUGUUAGCAUUGGCAUUUCCCGGGAUGUGAUCACCUUACAACCUCUAGAGAACUGCUCCGAUUUUCCUAAGUACCCUUAUGGAAAUGGACACAGGUACUGAACCAGGAUGCAGAUAGUUCUGAAUUCCAUACCAUACCGUCCCAUACCACACUGUCCAAUGGAAAAGCAGAAAAGUGUGUGUCUGUGUGUGAGUCCAAACCAAUUAGUAGCCAAACCUUCACCACAUCCGACCCAAGUAAAAAUGUUUCCUUUAUGCAAUCAUUCCUUUUCAGUCAUUCUUGCAUAUUUAUGUUCAAAUUUUGUUUCCAAGAAAGUCUAGGAACCUUCCCCCAGCAGUGAGUGUGUGCAUGACACACCAUCAAGUUACAUACCAUACAAUUCCACUAAAUGCUCUCUUAUUCUGAAAUAGAAAUAAUGGAUGGACACAAAAUCUCUUUAUGGCCUCUUCAAUGUCAAGCUGGGUGCUUUUGUUAACCUGGCUGUAGCACUUUUUUUUUCCCAACUUCCUUUCAAAGCAGGCAACAUUUUAUUUUGACAGACUCUUAAGAAAAAUGGAUGUUAUAAAUGCAGUUUAUUCCGCUGUGCUCAGCCGUCCGUAUGGUGUGUAAAGAACAAAAAACUGCAUAGUUUUGAAUAGAAACUAUUAGGACUUAGCUCUUUUCCAUCCUACAGAGAUAAAUCAUACUCCGUGUAUAAACGUCCAGCAUGAGACUAGGUGAGAAAGUUGGUGAUUAAACAGUUCUGUCGGUUUUAAAGGGACGUUUCAAGGCUCUAAGAGUCAGACCUGAGCUCUGGGUUUAAUAAAUCAGAUUCAAGCUGUCACAUAAGCUUAAUCAUAAUGACAUGCCCCUCUGUGGAGUCUGAUCAUUGAGGAGACGGAUUAUAGUGCAUUUAUUUGCUGAUAGCAGAAGUGAUUAGAUCACGGCAUUCAGCUCAGUGGAUUUGUCUUUGUCUCUCAGAGCCACAUUUACACGCAUCAAUGGGAUAUUUAUUGGCAUUUGUGAUGGACAGAGAGAGAAAUAAUAAUGAUGGUGAUGAUGGUGAUGAUAAGGAUAUAUAUAGUAAUGCUUAUCUGUUAUCUAUAUUUGACAUACAAAUACACUUCAGCAAAUUCAGUUUGCAUGUCUGAUCAGUGGUUCUCAAGGCGUUGAGUCUCGGGGUCCAAGGAGGUCUAACCAGGGGUCUGUAAUUUUUUAUUAUUUUAUAAAUUUGUUUCAUUGAUAAAAAAAAAAAAUCCUAACCCAUUAUUGAGUUAUUAUUCAGGAUAUAUAUAUAUUUAUUGAUGUAACUUUACACAUUAUCAUGCACAGGAGUGGAUAAAGAUGUUUGUUUGGUUCAAGAGAGUGUGAAGUAGAGUUUAUUAGAAUAACUGAAUGGAAAUUUGUCUAGAUUUUCAGUUUUCAAUGGUAAAGAAAGAGUUUGCUGAACUCUCACACUCAGGAAGUACUUGAGAUCCUUGGGAUUGAGUUUAUAGUUUAAUGGAGGGUUCCUAGCAGGGACGGUUUGACAACGCUGACUUUAAAUAACUCUACAGUCGACAUCUUCAUUGUCCAUCAGAAAGCAGGAAGUUCGGUUGUUACCGACCACAGUCCUGUGUCUGUUCUGCUUCAGCACGAAACUCCACCCUCUCCAUUCUACCAUCAGUUGGUUUGCUAAUGCACUAUGAACCACCUUAUUAAUUCAGUAAUCAUUCCUACAAUACACACACACACACACACACACAGUACUGCUAAUGCUAUUGCAGAAACCACUAAUGCACCAGUUACAGUAAAUGGCCAUAUUUGCAAGAGUCUUCUUUGUUAAUUCUCUAUAUUUUUUACUUUGUAAAAACGAUAAAGACAACAGAUUAAAAAAAAAAUACAUAAAAGAGUACUAAAAUUAUGAUGUAAUAUAAUACAGUAGUGUGGCUUUGUCCAUUUGCAUUGCAGAUAUUGGGUGUAUAAGUCCCCUGUAGUCUUAACUGUAAUGUAGACCUUUUCCUCUCCUAUUCUCUCUCUCUCUCUAAUCUCCUCUUCCUCUCUCUCUCUCUUUCAGAGUGUGUACUAGUGUUCUCAGUUUUAUGCCUGUCUUCUUUUCCCUCCUUUCCUCUCCCUGCUCCUGAGUCCUGCUGGAAUGUUGAUGUUCUGGGCUGAAUCCCUUUCUGUUUGUUCAGGUUUUAUUUCUUUCCCCCUUUUUUUUGGGAUUUGAUUUUUCCUAAAAAUUUCAUCUGUAAAACGGUUUCAUGAAAAAAAUGUUUGUCUGAAUAAAUCUGGAGUCUGUCCUUGUCCACUUUC